AUGGGCAAAGUAAAUGCAACUUCGACCCUUUCCUUGACUGCAAUAGGAAUACCGCGGCGAAGGAUGGGCCCUCUCUUUCCAACACCCUGCAUUGUCCUCCUCGUCCUCCACGCCACCUUGUCACCAGCCUCCCUCAGUCCCGAGGAUUACGCCGCGGACGAGGCAGAGCGAACUGCCAACAGCGACAACAUAAUUUUCGACGAUUACCGGGGAAAAGUUUGCGUGGACGACAGUGGCUUUGUUUACAAACUGGGGGAGCGUUUCUUCCCAGGACACUCGAACUGCCCAUGCGUGUGCACUGAGGAUGGGCCAGUGUGCGACCAGCCGGAAUGCCCCAAGAUACACCCUAAGUGCACAAAAGUGGAGCACAAUGGAUGCUGUCCUGAAUGCAAGGAGGUUAAAAACUUUUGUGAAUACAGGGGGAAAACUUACAAGAUCCUGGAGGAAUUUAAGGGUUCCCCGUCCGACGAGGAAGGGACCAGUCCGCCCGCCGUCGCGCCCGUACUACCCCCGGUCCUACCCCCAGCCUCUGCAGUGCAGCUCCAAUCAAGAACCAGGAAAUAUAGGCCUUCGCCUUGUGAGUGGUGUCGCUGUGAACCAAAUAACGAGGUGCACUGUGUGGUCUCUGACUGUGCCGUCCCAGAGUGUGUCAACCCAGUCUACGAGCCAGAACAGUGCUGUCCCGUCUGUAAAAACGGUCCAAAUUGCUUUGCCGGAACGACGAUCAUCCCAGCCGGUAUUGAAGUGAAGGUAGAUGACUGCACCAUUUGCCGCUGUCACAAUGGGGACUGGUGGAAGCCAGCACAGUGCCUGCGCCGGGAGUGCCUCAAUGGCCAGACGUUGUCAUAGAAACCCCGGCGGGGACGGUGUCGGUGACGUGCAGCCAGGGAGCGGUCCUGCCUGCUGCAAAGGCAAACAAACAAACAAAACGCUCAUCUUGUAUGAUUGAUAGGAUGGACAGGAGAGGAGCACAAUUCCUUGGCAACAUUGACUAGGAGACUGCAUAACAAGCUGAAAUGAAAAGCUCUCGUACACCGUAUCUACACACCACCACUACCACAACUUUAACCACAGAGGAGCGGAGAGAGCAGGAGGAACUUUUCUUGAGACUGUUUUUUUGUCUUCUGUUUUGACUGUGUGACUAUUUAUAUUUUCUGAUAACUACUUACUGCUUAUGCUGCUUAUAAACAUGUUUAUAUAUUUCAUGAAGUCAUUUCCACCUAACCAUUAGCACUGUUAAACAUGGUCAGAUGUGUUCUGUCAUCUGCUUACUGUAGCUCUCUCUCUCUCUGAGAUGUCUUCACCUCACCGCUUCGCUAUGGGAAUUACAAUGGUCACAAAAACAUAUCACUCACCGCUGUUGGCUUCCCACUAAAUGCACAAUCCUUCUAUGAGUCAAUAGCAAGAGUUCACUUCUGGUGUUGGGGUCAAUGAAAUUAUUUAUUGACAUAAAAUUUCAGCAUUCUGAUGUGCUGUUAGUUACACUCAUCUGGACUGACAAAAGAUGCAUGGCCACAAACAGAUCCCCCUCAGUUACUGUUUUUACUACACACAAUAUGUUUGAUGAGACUGUGUUCGAGGUGCUCUUCUCUGCAUGGAGAGAUUGGAGGCCAGUUUUAUCUAAUAUACAGUACCUGUCAAAAGUUUGGACACAUCUACUCAUUCAAGGGUUUUUCUUUAUUUGGAUUAUUUUCUAC